AAUUUUUUAAUACAAAACAAUUCAUUGUGCUCAAAUAAUUGAUAAAUGUCCGCCAUUUACAGUAUAAUAAGAUUUAGAUUUUAAUAAAUAAAUAAAUUAUUGAAUUGGCAUUUAUAACAUGGCGUCCAAUGAUAGCGAUUAUAAUUAUGAAUUAGAAGAAGUGUUGAAAGAGAUUCAGGGUGAGGUUGUCAGUGAAAUUGGUCGUGGUACAUUUGGCAAGGUCUAUAAAGUGCGAUAUUUAUCUGAUGAUCAACAAAAUGAUUGCACCUUAAAGGUGAUCGAUAUAAAAGAAACAAAAGAAAAUGAUUUACACAUUGAAGACGAUGAGAAAAAAUCGCUGCAAUUACUGCAGGGCCUGGAUAACAAUUACAUCAUUAAAUACUAUGGCUCGUGGUUUAAAACAAACCAUAUAUUCAUUCAAAUGGAGUUAUGCGAAUGUACUCUAAGGCAGCUCAUUUUGAGCAAGGACAAACUAUUCGACCGCAUACUUAAUUCUGAGCCUGGUGACCUGGAAUUUUUUAUCAGUAUUACAUGGCUUAAAGAGAUUGUCCAGGGUCUCAUGUAUUUGCACAAACAGGCAAAACCUCUAAUUCAUCGCGAUUUAAGACCAGAAAAUAUAUUCAUGGCAUCUUAUGACGCGGAUAGUAUUUGUUUGAAGCUUGGUGAUUUUGGAUUGGCUCGUAUACAGGACAUUGCGUCCCAGAGU